AUGACUGGAAGAGCCAGAGAGUUAGCGGAUGUGUUAAAGAGAAGACGAAUAAAUGUGGCAUGUUUGCAAGAAACAAAAUGGAAAGGUACGAAAGCUAGAGAAAUUGGUGAAGGAUACAAGUUUUAUUAUUGUGGAAGUGAUGGGAAAAGGAAUGGUGUAGGAGUGGUUUUAGAUAAGAAUCUGAAAGAGUGUGUGAUGGAGGUAAAAAGAGUGAAUGAUAGAAUAAUAGUCGUGAAAUUUGUGUUAGAGGAUUUAAUAGUAAACGUAAUUAGCGUGUAUGCACCGCAAGUAGGAUGUGAUGAACGAAUGAAAGAAAAAUUUUGGGAGGACUGGGAUGCAGUUAUGAUGAAUGUGCCAGUAAAUGAACAAGUAUUUGUCGGGGGAGACUUUAAUGGCCAUGUUGGCAGAUUGAGAGGGAAGUAUGAAAGAGUGCAUGGAGGGUGGGGGUUUGGUUGCCAGAACGACGAGGGUGAAGCCCUGUUGCAAUCGGCUACUGCGUUUGAUCUGGCAGUGGUCAACACGUGGUUCCAGAAGAACACAGAACACAUGGUCACCUAUAAAAGCGGUCCACAUGCCACACAAAUUGAUUACUUUUUGGUUAGACGCAGUAAUUUGAAGAACAUAAAAGAUUGUAAGGUUAUACCAGGUGAAAGUGUAGUCUCGCAACACAGACCCCUUGUUAUGGAAGUAGUGUUCACAAUAAAGUCAAUAAAGGGCAAAGAGAAGUUACCUCCAAACAUAAAAUGGCACAGGUUGGAAAAGGCCGAUUUGGCGGAAGAAUUUAGAAAUGCGGUUGUAGAUAAGAUGAUUGAAAUGGGAGAUAUGAAUGAAAGGAGUGUGAAUGAGUGUUGGAGUGAAAUGGCAAUGACUAUAAGAAUGACAGCAAGAAGAAUUUUAGGAGAAUCGAAAGGAAAAGGUGUGAUAAAGAAAGAAACAUGGUGGUGGUCUACAGAAGUUCAAGAGGUGUUGAGAGAAAAGAAAGUGAAGUUCAAGGAAUGGCAGAGGACACACGAGAAUAAUGAAUGUGAAAAGGCAGAAAAGAAAAAUGAAUAUGAUGCAUGGAAGAAAAAAGCUAAAAAGACCGUGGCUGUUGCAAGAGCAAAAGCACACGAGAAACUAUAUGAUGCUCUAGAUAGCCCGGCAGGCCAAAAAGACCUGUACCGGUUAGCUAAAUCUAGAGAGAGAAUGACGAGGGAUGUAAGCAAAAUUAAGUGUGUAAGGGAUGGAAUAGGAACGGUCCUCUCGGAUGACGUGAGAAUAAAAGGAAGGUGGAAGGAAUACUUUGAAAGACUGAUGAAUGAAGAAAAUGAGUGGAGUGGUGUGCUCCACAAUAAACCAGUAAAUGAGGGCCUAGUCAGAAACAUUUGUGUGGAUGAGGUAAGAAAAGCACUAAAUGGAAUGAAGAAUGGCAAAGCAUUAGGACCGGAUGAAAUACCAGUGGAAGUAUGGAAGCUAUUGCGGAUGAAUGGAUGGAAGUGGUUAGCUUUAUUCUUCAAUAAGUUGUUGCAAGAGGAAAGAAUACCGGACGAAUGGUGCAAUAGUUACCUGGUGCCCAUUUUUAAGAACAAGGGUGACGUGUUGGAUUGCAACAACUAUAGGGGAAUAAAGUUAAUGUCACAUAAGUGGACCAGAGGUCCAGAGCAGAUUGGAAGCAUGGCGGCUAAGACUGGAGACGGUAGGGUUAAAGGUCAGCAAGAGCAAAACUGA